ACCAUUGCACGCUGGGAAAGUGUAGUGGGGACAACUCCGCCCCCUGGGCUCCGCCCACCGCACUCAGUCCUCUCUGGCCUGUGUCUUUCCUGGUUCCCACCCGCGCCAGGUGACACGCAGAGCUGACACUAACUAUGGUUCACCAAGUGCUCUACCGGGCGCUGGUCUCCACCAAGUGGCUGGCGGAGUCCAUUCGGUCUGGCAGCCUGGGGCCCAACCUCCGGGUGCUGGACGCGUCAUGGUACUCUCCGGGGACCCGCCAGGCUCGCAAAGAGUACCAGGAACGCCACGUGCCUGGUGCGUCCUUUUUUGAUAUAGAGGAGUGCCGGGACACCGCUUCGCCUUAUGAGAUGAUGCUGCCCAGUGAGGCCCACUUUGGGGACUACGUGGGCAAGCUGGGAAUCAGCAACGACACACACGUGGUGGUGUACGAUGGAGACGACCUGGGCAGCUUCUAUGCACCCAGAGUAUGGUGGAUGUUCCGUGUGUUUGGCCACCGCACGGUAUCAGUGCUCAAUGGUGGCUUCCGGAACUGGCUGAAGGAGGGCCACCCAGUGACAUCUGAGCCCUCACGGCCAGAGCCAGCCGUUUUCAAGGCCACGCUGGACCGUUCCCUGCUCAAGACCUAUGAGCAGGUCCUGGAGAACCUCCAGUCUAAAAGGUUCCAGCUGGUGGACUCUCGGGCCCAAGGACGGUACCUGGGCACAGAACCGGAGCCCGAUAUAGUAGGACUGGACUCGGGCCACAUCCGUGGCUCAGUCAACAUGCCCUUCAUGAACUUCCUGACCAAAGACGGCUUUGAGAAGAGCCCCGAGGAGCUGCGUGCCAUAUUCCAGGACAAAAAGGUGGAUCUCUCACAGCCCCUCAUCGCCACGUGCCGCAAGGGGGUCACUGCCUGCCAUAUUGCCCUGGCUGCCUACCUUUGUGGCAAGCCCGAUGUGGCUGUUUAUGAUGGUUCCUGGUCGGAGUGGUUCCGUAGGGCACCCCCGGAGACCCGCGUGUCCCAGGGGAAGGGUGGGAAGGCCUGAGUGCGCCAGGCUUCCUCCUCUGCACGCCACGCUCAGCCGGUUCCCUUCAGUGAGGCCAGUGUGGCCUGCUGUGGGUUCACACUUGUUAGGCAAUGGAAAUUGACAAGAUUUUUAGAAUCGCUCUGAGUGCCUUCCUCCCACCACACCGGAAUAAAGUGCCUUUUCUCAGAA